AUGCCCUCGGCCGGUUCUUCCCAUGCUGGAAGAGGCUCCCAAAUAUCUGCUGAUUGGCAUACCACAAAAGCCACAUCCUGCAAUAAUGAUGAUGAUGAUAGCAUAGGUAAUAACUAUGAUGCAGUUGUUACUCAGCCUCAUGCAUCUUCAGAGUCUCCUGGGGAUUGGCAGUGUGCUAAGAAUAGUCCCAGCGCCAGCAUUCCAGAACAAUCUGCUGACCCAAGAAACUUCAGGGAGGUGAAAGAUAGGGCCUCUAACCUCUCUGUUAAUGUUAAAAAAAGAAAAUUUGUAACUUUCUGUGAAGCAGAGUGGCCAGCCCUCGGGGUUGGAUGGCCCCGGGAAGGCACUCUUGACCUAACCAUUAUCCAGAAGGUAAAGAGUAUUGUCUUCGAUAAGGGCCCUCGGGGCCAACCGGAUCAAAUUCCCUAUAUAAUUGUGUGGCAAGAACUGGUUCAGAACCCCGCCCCCACCCUUUGGCUACAGAAAUUUCUUCCUUCCACUAAUACGCAGGUCUUUCUUGUCCAGAAGAAAAAAGCGGGGCCAGACCCAGAGCCGGUCCAUCAGGCCCCCUCUAAGGACCCCGAGCCAGUUAUUUCCGACUCUAACCACCCUCUUGAUUUCCUUGAUUCAGGUUGGGACCAGACAACUCCCCUUCCCCCACCUUAUAACCCCAAGGCUUUGUCUGCAGCUGCAUCGGCGUCAAAGCGUCCUGAAGAAGGGCCAGCCUUCGGAACGCAGCAAUGCACUGCUAGGUCCCCCGAUCCAGGACCUGUAGUGACCCUACUCAUCCGAGCCGUGGGCCCUCCCCGGGAGGAUGGGGAGCCAACCUAUCAGUACUGGCCGUUUUCCACCAGCGACCUCUAUAAUUGGAAGGACCAGAAUUCUAAUUUCUCUGACAAUCCUAGGGACUUAAUAAAUUUGUUAGGUUCCGUCUUGUUCACUCAUCAGCCGACUUGGGAUGAUUGUCAGCAGCUGCUAAAAGUCCUUUUUACAAUGGAGGAGCGGGAUAGAAUUCAAGGAGAAGCCCGCAAAUCAGUGCCAGGAGAGGAUGGCCGCCCCACUACCAACUCUGGAGCAAUAGACAGAGCAUUUCCACUGGAGCGGCCGGAUUGGGAUUACAACGAGGCUGAAGGUAGGGAGCGUCUCUGGGUCUACCUCCAGACUCUCAUGGCUGGUCUCCGAGCAGCGGCACACAAGCCGACUAACCUGGCAAAGGUAGGUGAUGUCAGACAAGGGCCGGAGGAGAGUCCGGCUGCCUAUUUAGAGAGAAUUAUGGAAGCUUUUAGGAUAUAUACUCCCAUGGAUCCUACCUCUGAGGAGAGUAAAGCUGCAGUAAUGAUGGCUUUUGUGAAUCAGGCAGCCCCAGACAUUAGAAAGAAGGUGCAGAAAAUAGACAGGUUGAGUGAGAAAACAUUGCAAGUAAUUGAAGUAGCUGAAAAGGUUUUCAACAACAGGGAAACUCCGGAAGAACAGCGCGAAAGAGUUAGAAGGGAAGACAGAAAGUUCCAAGCCGAGGAAACCAAGAAGGCUAGUCGAGAAAUGGCCCGUAUUCUGCUAGCAGCCACGGAGAGUGAAAGGCAGAGAAGGGAGGUCAGGAGAAGGGAACAAGGACGCCCCCGCAGGGAGAGACUAGAUAGCGAUCAGUGUGCAUAUUGCAAGAAGGGACAUUGGGCCAGGGAAUGUGAGGAAAAGAGAAAGGCCUCUUUUGAAAGAAAGUAUGACAGGGUCCCAAGGGGGGGAGAUAGGGAGGCUAAGCAGGUAUUGUUAGUUGGGCAGGAGGACAGUGAAUAGAGAGGUCAGGGUUCGGUUCCCCUCCCCGAACCCAGGGUAACCUUACUUUGAGAGGGGAAACCAGUAGACUUCCUUGUGGAUACUGGAGCAGAGCGCUCUGUUAUUACACAUCCUACUGGCAAAUUAGCCGCUAAAACCAGCUGGGUGCAAGGUGCAACUGGAACAAAACCCUAUCGAUGGACGACCCAGCCUAAGUUGGACCUGGGGACAGGCCAGGUAAGCCAUGCGUUCAUGGUGAUUCCUGAAUGCCCAACCCCUUUGCUAGGAAGAGACAUCUUAACCAAGUUAAAAGCUCAAAUCCAUUUUGAGGAAAAACAAGUAAUUGUCACAGAUGGCCAUGGGUGACCCAUUGGGAGAGACCCAAAGAAAUUUCCACUAAACUCCCCCCACCCCCACUCCGUUCAAGUACUUACCCUGCAGCGGGCCGAUGAGUACAGACUGUUUGAGCAUGUAAAAUAUAGUGAGAACAAGGAGCUGCAGUGGUGGCUUGAAGAAUUCCCAGAGGCCUGGGCAGAGACGGGCGGAACUGGAUGGGUCAAACACAGGCCACCUGUAUUCAUUGAACUAAAACCAGGGGCCGAGCCAAUCCGUGUCCGUCAGUACUCCAUGCCUCUUCAGGCACGAGAAGGAAUCCGGCCCCACAUUCGCCGACUUUUUAAAGAAAGAAUUUUGCGAAAGUGCCAGUCGGCCUGGAAUACCCCCUUAUUGCCGCUCAGAAAAGCGGGCACUGGGGACUACAGGCCGGUCCAAGACUUACGGGAAGUUAACAGCCGUGUGUUAGACAUCCACUCUACAGUACCUAACCCCUACACCUUAUUAAGCUCCUUGCCUCCCUCUCAAAACUGGUACACCGUGUUGGACCUGAAGGAUGCUUUUUUCAGCAUACCGGUGGCUCCGCACAGCCAGGAGCUUUUCGCUUUCGAGUGGCAGGACGAUGAGCUGGGAAUCCAGGGCCAGGUGACCUGGACGUGCUUGGCUCAGGGUUUUAAAAAUUCACCUAUAAUCUUCAACGAGGCCCUCCACGAAGAUCUGAGUGAGUACCGGUCCAGCCACCCCCAUAUCACCUUGUUGCAAUAUGUAGAUGAUUUGUUGGAUGCAGCCCCUUCCCCACUGACUUGCACAGAAGGGACAAAGGACUUGCUAAGAACCCUGGGAAAGCUGGGGUAUCUUGUAAGUGCGAAAAAGGCCCAACUCUGCAGGGAAGAAGUCACAUAUCUAGGAUAUAAACUGAGGGGGGGGCAAAGGUGGCUAACCGAGGCCAUGAAAGAAACUGUGUUAAAUAUACUCCCUCCUACUUCAAGCCGGCAAAUCCGAGAAUUCUUGGGGUCGGUAGGAUAUUGCCGCUUGUGGAUCCCCGGCUUUGCAGAAGAGGCCAGACUUCUAUAUGAAGGAUGUAAAGGUGGUCAGGAUUUCAUAUGGACUGAAGCCAUGCAAAAAGCAUUCCAGGCGCUAAAAGCCGCGAUGCUGAAGGCUCCUGCCUUAGCCCUCCGCGACCCGGAAAAAGAAUUUCAGCUUUUUGUAGAUGAAAAGCAAGGGGUGGCGAAAGGGGUGCUCACCCAAAGACUGGGACCGUGGAAAAGACCGGUAGAAUACUUAUCAAAGAAACUCGAUCCUGUAGCCGCGGGAUGGCCGGCAUGUCUCCGUAUUAUAGCGGCUACAGCAUUACUAGUGAAAGAUGCGGAUAAGCUGUCGCUGGGGCAGCCCCUAGGAGAAGUCACUACUCCCCAUGCGGUUGAGGGGCUCCUAAGACAGACCCCAGGACGAUGGAUCACAAACACGAGACUAGCCCAUUAUCAAGGACUGUUGCUAAAUGCCCCCCGAAUAAUUUUUAAGCCACCUACGGCUAUAAACCCAGCAACGCUCCUGCCAGACCCAGUGCCCCGGCAGCCAGAGCAUGACUGCCAGGAGAUCCUGGCCGACUUCCAAAUGGUACGAAAAGACCUCAAGGACCGGCCUCUCUCAAAUAGUGACCUGGUCUGGUUUACAGAUGGAAGUAGUUUCGUAAAGGAGGGGCAACGCCAUGCGGGAGCUGCAAUCGUAGAUGCACAGGGCUCCGUAAUCUGGGCGUCUCAGCUCCCUCCCAGUACCUCAGCCCCAAAAGCGGAAAUAGUAGCAGUGACAGAGGCUCUCCGGCGUGCAGAGGGGAAAAGGCUCACGUUGUUUACGGACAGCCGGUACUCGUACGGAACAUUGAAUAUUACGGGAGUGCUGUACCGGGAGAGAGGAUUUGUCACAGCGGAGGGAAAAGAGAUAAAAAAUAAGCCAGAAAUUUUGCAAUUGCUGGACGCCAUCAUGUUACCAAAGGCGGUAGCGGUAGUACACAUUCCUGCCACCAGAGGGGGAAACUCCCUGGAGGCCUGAGGAAACCGGGCAGCAGAUCUAGAAGCGCGGCGGGCGGCCGAAGGACCUGAGCAGGCGGCGGAGGGAGCUGAGCGUCCGGAGGUCUUACAUUUGGGCCUGCAGCCCCCACGGAAUGGGAAAAACAAAAAUUACUUGAUAGUGCCUGAAGCUCUGGGAAAUCACUUGUUAAAACAACUACUCCAGACCAUGCACCUGGAGAAGGUGAAAAUGUUACAGCUGCUGGACAAAGCUCUUCUUAAGUUCUGGCUACAAAGCAAAGCAGCAGAAAGAGUUGCAGAAGCAUGUCACGCCUGCCAGGUUAUGAAACCAGGAAAAAUCCAGGGAACUCACACAGGUACCCGGGAUCGGGGAAGGAAACCAGGAUUGUUUUGGGAAAUAGAUUUUACUGAAGUAAAGCCAGGAAAGUAUGGGUAUAAAUACUUGCUAGUAAUGGUAGAUACCUUCUCAGGGUGGGUGGAGGCGUUUCCAACAAAAAGGGAAACUGCAGUGGUAGUGGCAAAGAAACUCCUAGAAGAAGUUGUCCCUAGGUAUGGAUUACCGGAAAGCAUAGGAUCCGACAAUGGUCCAGCUUUCUUAAGCAACAUUAGCCAGAGCAUUGCCAGAGCACUGGGGACUGAUUGGAAAUUGCAUUGUGCUUACAACCCCCAGAGCUCUGGGCAGGUAGAAAGAAUGAACAGAACGUUGAAGGAAACCUUAACCAAAUUGUGCCUAGAGACUGGCGGGGACUGGGUGACCCUCCUUCCCUUCGCCCUGUUCUGAGCCCGGAACACGCCUUAUCACCUGGGUUUGACCCCCUUCGAAAUUAUGUAUGGGUCCCCUCCGCCAGUAAUACCAAGCACACAUCCGCUGCCGGAGGGAGGCUCAGGGGAAGUGUUACAGGCUGUUCAAGCCCUGCGUUGGGUGCAGAACCAGAUAUGGCCCGCUCUUCAGGCCUUCUAUAAAAAUGAACGGGAAGGCCACCAGGGGGUCCCCUCUCACCAGCACGAGCCCGGAGACUGGGUCUGGGUCAAGCGACAUAAUAGUAAGUCCUUAGAACCUAGGUGGAAGGGCCCCUUUCAAGUAAUCCUUGUUACCCCCACUGCCCUUAAGGUCGACGGAGUAGCAACCUGGAUUCACCACUCUCAAAUACCGCCCGCCAGCAGGAGCGAGAGAGAGCUUCACCAGAAUCAGUGGAAAGCGGAGGCUCAUCCAGAAAACCCCCUAAAAGUAAAGCUCACCCACAUAAGGCCUAGAACCGACCAGUAG